GCAGUCAUCCUUCAGUGUGAGUGGCUCAGUUUCCACUCCUCAUCCUCAUCAGUAACAGUCUUGCUGCUGCUGCUGGGUGAGACUGUAAGCUGCAAAAAGAUGAAGUGCUCCCUGGUGAUCUGCCUGCUCGUCUGCUUCUCUCUGGUUGGAUUUGGAUCAGCCAUCCGCUGCUACAGCUGUAAGGACUACACCGGUAGCUGCACCAAACAAAGAGACUGCAGCUACGACGACGCAUGCCUCACGCUCAACGAAAGAGGUGGGAUGACCUUUCGUCAGUGUAUGAAGUACUCUGACUGUGAGAAGAACCGCCUGUCUCAGAUGUUCCCCCAGGUGUCCAGCUUCUACUUCAAGUGCUGUGACUCUGACCUGUGUAACUCCGCCCCCUCCUGUGCAGCCAGCUCUCUGAUUGGUCUGCUGGCCUCCGUGCUGGUCAUGUGGUGGUGUGUCCACUGAGGGCUCCGCAGCGCCCCAUGCAGUCAGCUUGUGUAACAGACUUAUUGAUGACCCAGUGUGGGAUCUAAUCUCAGCUAACAGCAGGAUGGGAUCAAGUAUCAGCAUCUUCAGCGCCCCCUGGUGUCCGAAUUGAUCAGACUGAUGGAUGGACAGGAAGCUGAUGGAGGUCUUUCAGUCAUUAAUAAAAGACCAAGAUGUACCAGAUCACAUUAAUCAAUAAUUAAACUACAGAUCUGAUCUGUUCACCUGCUUACUUCCACAUUAACUACUGAAAUGUUUGAGGAACAUGUUCCAGAAACUUCUAGAUGUCCUGCUUCUGUAACUGACUCCAUCAUUGACCUGCAACCAGCUAUAUCAUUAAAAGGGCUUGAAAAGAGAAUAAGAAA